AUGGUCGUCGUCGCCUUCGUUGCUGAAGUAGGAGUGGAAUCAGAAGUAGGAGCAGAAUCAGCAGAAGUAGGAGACGAAACAGAAUCAACAGAAGUAGGAGCAGAAACAGAAUCAGCAGAAGUAGGAGACGAAACAGAAUCAACAGAAGUAGGAGCAGAAACAGAAUCAGCAGAAGUAGGAGACGAAACAGAAUCAACAGAAGUAGGAGCAGAAACAGAAUCAGCAGAAGUAGGAGACGAAACAGAAUCAACAGAAGUAGGAGCAGAAACAGAAUCAGCAGAAGUAGGAGACGAAACAGAAUCAACAGAAGUAGGAGCAGAAACAGAAUCAGCAGAAGUAGGAGACGAAACAGAAUCAACAGAAGUAGGAGCAGAAACAGAAUCAGCAGAAGUAGGAGACGAAACAGAAUCAACAGAAGUAGGAGCAGAAACAGAAUCAGCAGAAGUAGGAGACGAAACAGAAUCAACAGAAGUAGGAGCAGAAACAGAAUCAGCAGAAGUAGGAGACGAAACAGAAUCAACAGAAGUAGGAGCAGAAACAGAAUCAGCAGAAGUAGGAGACGAAACAGAAUCAACAGAAGUAGGAGCAGAAACAGAAUCAGCAGAAGUAGGAGACGAAACAGAAUCAACAGAAGUAGGAGCAGAAACAGAAUCAGCAGAAGUAGGAGACGAAACAGAAUCAACAGAAGUAGGAGCAGAAACAGAAUCAGCAGAAGUAGGAGACGAAACAGAAUCAACAGAAGUAGGAGCAGAAACAGAAUCAACAGAAGUAGGAGCAGAAACAGAAUCAACAGAAGUAGGAGCAGAAACAGCAGAAGUAGGAUCAGAAUCAGCAGAAGUAGGAUCAGAAUCAGCAGAAGUAGGAUCAGAAUCAGCAGAAGUAGGAGUAGAAUCAAAAGUAGGAAAAGAAUCGGCAGAAAUAGGAGUAGAAUCAGCAGAAGCAGGAGCAGAAGCGGCAAAAGAAGGAGCAGAAGCAACAGAAUUAGGGGCAGAAUCAGCAGAGGCAGGACAGGCCAGAGCUCCUACGAAGGGUGAGGGAGACUGUGCCCUUUAACAGCCCGAUAGAUAGCCACCGAGACUCCGGUCGUAGUUAUUAAUUCCUUGUCUUCUCUCUGCCGCCGCCCUCGUCUCUUUUCCCUUCCUCCCCUUCAUUUAUUGUCUCUUUCUCUAGCUCCCACUUUCGUUCCGUCCGUUUUGUCAUUCGCGUUUCUCCGGGAGUAUUCGAUCUGUGUGCCUCAUCCCACCUUCUUCCGCAUAUAAAAUUCCAAAAUCGAGUUUUUUAUGUUCAUUCCCGACGGUAGA